UCAAGCCUCUGGCGCUCACACAGACUCAAGUGUAAAAGUAGCAGCUCUAACUGUUGCCACGGACUAAAACAUUCAGCAUCCAGGUCCUGCACAGCUGACAGAGAAGAGAGAGACGCGCUGGUGAAAGUGAGAGGAGAGGUGCAGCAUUUGCGCACUGCUUUUCUAGUCUGGAUUGCUUUGGCGCGACUUUGGAUAGUUUUGGACUGCGCAGUUUGCCUCUUGGACUUUUUUUUUUUUUUUAAAUUUUGUCUUCAUUUCAACACUGAAAUGGCAGCUCUCGGCAUGAGUUCCUCGCACCUGUUCCUGGUGAUGUUUAACUGUUUCCUGGGCGCAGCAUCGUUUAGGACAGAAACCGAAGAUGGCAAUUUCCUCCAGCCCUCGUCGAAUCAGUUCUCGGAUGACCUGGGGGAGGAAGUGGUCUCUCAGCACAUGUACAGGUUGUACGAGAAAUACAACAAGGAAAACCGCCUGAAAGAGGGAAACACCGUUAGGAGUUUCAGAGCUAGCCAAGGUUCUGCUGACCGCAGGAUGAUGUACCGACUAAACCUUACAACCCUCCAGGACUCAGAGGUCAUCCUCUCUGCCACAUUCCACUUCCUGCUGAACAGACACUCGCAUCAAAAACCCUGGUUCUGUAAACGCUUCAAGAGCCCAACCUGCCGCUCCUCAGCCGUGCACCCUUCUCUGUCUAUCAGCUUGCUCCUUUAUUCCUUCUCCUCUGGGUCAGAGGUCAGAUCUGGGUCAAUGGGGUCAUUUCUAGGCAAUGUGACCUUCCACCCCCACAGGAGAGGGGUGUGGCAGAUGAAAGAUGUGACCCAGGUCAUUAAGGAGGCGCGGGACAGGGGUCAUCUGUUGGUGUCAAUUGAACUGGAGUUAAGGCAACAGUACAGGACGAAACCAGAGGAGAUCCUCUCUGCUGGCAGUAUGCCUUACCUGUUACUGUAUGCAAAUGACCAAGCCUUAGACGAGCCCAAUAGCGUGGCUGCAAGCCUACAGAGAUAUGACCCGUUUAACGAGGGAGGAGAGCCCUCAUAUUCCUCUCAGCUCCUGCACAGACCUAACUCCUCACCAGAGGUGAAAGGACGCGUGAGAAGGGAAGCAAAUCUGCUCUCUGACCCCAUCCAGAACAAUGAGCUGCCCGAGGUUGACUACAGACCUGAUUCAUACAGGAAAGAUGACCUUUGGAAGAGCACAUGGUACCUGACACUCAAACACAAGACUAAACCAGGAAGGAAGGAAAAGAAGAGGAAGAGCCAGGAGGAAAAAGAUGUGGAGCAAGUUAGAAAAGCGCAUGAAUCUCAGGUUUUGAAAGAUGGAGAAAGAACAUCACAGGGCAUCAAAACCAAUGAUUCAACUGUGGAAAAUCUCAAAGAUAGCCACAAACUGACUGUCAGUGAUGGGCAAAUGCAUGAGAGAAGAAAUGAGGGAAAGGACGGAAAGAAGCACAAGGGAAGCACAAAUACACAGUCACCUGUUCUGAGAUUUGAUGAACAAACAAUGCGCAAAGCCAGGAGGCGGCAGUGGAGUAACACCCAGCACAAAGGCUGUUCGAGGAGGAACCUCAGAGUGGAUUUCGCAGAUAUUGGCUGGAAUGAGUGGGUCAUAGCACCCAAAGCCUUUGAUGCUUACUAUUGUGCUGGCACAUGUGGCUUUCCCAUGCCCAAGGUGGUGAGGCCAACUAACCACGCCACCAUUCAGAGCAUAGUCCGGGCUGUUGGAAUUAUCCCUGGGAUUCCUGAGCCCUGCUGCGUACCAGAAAAUAUGAGUCCCCUGGCUGUGCUCUACCAGGAUGAAUCCAGGAACCCAGUGCUCAAGGUUUAUCCUAACAUGACUGUCCAGUCCUGCUCCUGCAGAUAGAAAAGAGCUGGAAACAGACUGAAGAGAAACAGAAAAACUGGACUAAUAUGGACACAACCAUACCUCUGUUAAGCGGUUUCCUGAUAUUGAAAAACAGAGUCACUUUGGCUGUCGUUAUUCCUCGAGGAACAUAGGCUAUAGUGAAAUUACUUCCAUCUCUUCUGUCCCGGGGCAGCAGAGUUAAAGAGACACAUUGUCUGGCAUCUGCGCUAGCAAGAGGAACAGAGUCACACAUGUAAAGUCGAUGCUCCACAUGUGUAACAGAAAAGAAAUACAUGAAAAGCCCAGUAGUUUUCAUUCUGUUUGAAAUAAUAUUGAUGUUUCACGGACAGAACUAUUUAAGGGAUUUUUUGUUGUUGUUUUUAAUGGCAGAAUGUACUUAUUUUUCAAACAGCUCACAGUGAGUUUGUGUUCACGUUUUCUUUGGAUGCAAAGACUUUAAGUAAGAGACUGUUACUGUGUCAUCAGGCAGCUUAUGCGAAAACAUACAAACAGUAGAGAUGAUGAAAAAUGUAUGCAUUUUUACAUACUCUGUAUAGCUGUUCCUACUUUUAAACUAAUCACACGCCACAUUGUACAUACAUGCGACAUUGCAAGAUAUUGUACUUUAUUGCUCUUUAUAUCUUAAAAAGGAAGUAUCCAAUGAACUGUGGAGAGCAUCUGGAAUUCAUUUACACCCACCCGCCCCCUCAUAACACUUCAAGAAUGUUAUAAUGAAACCAGAAAUAUUUUUCUAUUUUAAAUGUGAAACUUGGUUUAAAAAAAAGAUAAUUUGUCAUGGUUAGAUUAUAUGUAUGAUUAGAUGAGACUGUGUUUUGUACAUGUGUAUUGUUUAAAUUAUGAAAAGGUAGCAUUCUAUAAGUUAGAAUAAAGACAUAAUUUAAUCCAAA